AAGAUGUUUUGCUCAGUUAGUUUCGAUUUGGGGACACCGUGUACCACAUGGGCAGGCUUCCAGUAAAAUUUCCACACUAAUAAUCUUCCUUGUCGAAAGAACAUUUCAAGUGUUUUGUUGCUGAUGAUGCAAUUUUACAGAAAAAGAACACAUUGCGUUUGACAAUAAGGUUCAGCUACCAAUGGAAGGAAAUCAAGGAGGUCCUGGUGGUGUUGAAAAUGAAUUACGUCGAAUGGGUGGAAGAUUAAUCUUUGUCAUAUCACUAUGUCUGGCGCUGCUUGGUCUUGUAUUAUUGUAUCAAACACAUAAUCCUAGUGGUGAUGUCACAUGUCCCCAACUGUUUUUCGACGUGUCUACCAUGCAUAAUGACCUGGAAAUAUCUGGAAACGGCGAUGUAAUUGCCAAUACAAAUCGCUAUGUUAAGAUACGUCUUGAAAACUACCAUGGAAUUCUUGGUAUUUUCUCCGUGGGUAACAUAGGGGAAUUUCAAAUGAAAAUAAGUGUCACAAUAGACAUACAGAAAAAAAUAAAAGGAGACGAUCCAUUGUUCGAAAUAGCUUUUGCUGAACGAAAACAACUGAAAAACGAUGCAUUUGAUAGAAAAAUCAAGACGAGUUUAAGUAUACUCGGAAAGAAGUGUAAUAGCAAACACAUGUGUUUAAUUGUACAGAGACGAGGAGUGACUUACAAGAAAAUGGAAAUCACCGGUAUAAAUGUCGGAAGCUACAUUGGAGUGGUCACGAUGACCAAGGAAAAUGACAGUAUUGUUAUUCAUGUCUCGGACAAAGAACCGAUUUGCAAACCGUUACUGAAACUUCCACAAGACAACAUAUUCAACAAUGACAUUGUUCCAGUUUAUGGAGUGACAAAAAAUGACAGUACAGCCAGAGUGCUUCUUACAGUGAUAAGAGAUGUAGACAAUGUCGCUAGCUUUGAUGAGACGACUUGUCAUAAAACGAUAUAUACAUCUGGUGAUGGAAAAGCCAUAGCUAACUAUAAUGUCGGUAUUCAAUUUAGACGGGGAGGGGCUUUUUCAAAGGCUUACCGUGGGGUUCUAGGUGAUAUUGCUUUUAAAGAAAACAACAAUGAUAACGAGAGUUUUCUUUUGAAACCAGACUACUUUGAAAUUAAAGUUCAUUUUGAUGUUGAUUUACGGAACACCGAAGUUGAAAGUUCGUUGUUUGAAUUUGGACUUUCCCCUAGAAAUCUCAUCGACAACCACAAAGUCUUAAGGUACCAUUCAAGUGCUAUCAUUGUAUCUAUUGGACGCUGUACCAAGAGACUGCGUCUCUGUAUGUCUUACUGGCAAGAUGGGACACAAGAUAGAAUGUACACAGCUUUUGGUCAAUACUAUGAGAAAGUUAAUGAUUCUUUUACAUUUGGGUUAAAGGUUGAUUCUUCGGAGCAUAUAGUAAGUGUUUAUUUAGUAAAUGAAAGAAAGGAGUGGGUUCACGAUUUUCUAGAUGUGACCUUUGUUCGUCCCCUGUAUCCUGUGUUUGGAUUGACAGACAGAACGUUUGUCAAAAUUCACCUUUUAUCGUCAUCAUCAGUGACAAAAAUGUACAGCGUAUUAGGGUUUUUUCCACAAUAUCCUGCUUGUGAAAUUUGAACAUUACUGAUAAUUACAGUAAAAACUGAAUAUCUUAAAAAAUUCUCUAGGUUCAUCCAUUUUAUUACAUAAUAUCAUUGGGGGGGGGGGGGGGUCAUCUCAGAUAGACAGAGAAAAGGGGUGCGUAGUUUUAGUACCUGGAACGUCGGUAACAGAUAGUGUUGGUUUCUUACUCAUCCCAUCUACAUUGUACAUGUAGUAGGUAUGUUCUAAAAACAAAACCUAUCGGGGAUUUCAAAAUUUAUUUUUUGUGACAAACGCAUGAACUUUGUAUUAUUUUCGGGUAGAAUUUUACAAAUUUUCAAUUUUUUCCCCGCCCGGUUUUAUUUUUAUCAUAGAGCUCUACAUGUAUAUCCUGAACGUUUAUUUUAUUUAUAUCACGAUCAGCAGCAGAAAUAUAAACUGACAAAUGCACUGGUAAUGUAUGUUCGGCGUUAAUAAAUUCCAGUGGACAAAUUAUAUCCAGAGAUAGAAAAACUGACAUUAUAAUAUCUAUUCAUUCUUUUAUGUUACAAGUAACUUUCUUUAAAUUUAAUUUUCAAUUGUAUGUAAUAUUAUUAUAUAUACAUCUACCGAGUAUGAUUUCCUCUAUUUCUUACGGAAACUUGUAGUUAAUUCAAAGCUCUGUAGAAACAGCCAGACUAAAAUCUACACGCCCCGUUUAUUAAUUGGUCGCAACCUACAGCGACCUUAGGAAAGUCAUGGACAGCACGAAAUAAUCAUCAUGAUGAUGGUUUCAGACUCAAAUUCUCAAAGGAGACGGUUUGCUUGUUUCUUUAGCUAAUGUACUUAUCAUGUACAGUAAUUUUGUAAAUUUUACUUACUUUUUACAAUCAAUUUAUUAAUUUGUUAAAAUAAUGAUGGAUAUAUAAACAAUAAAAUGGUUUUAUUUCAUGAUUGAUGCGGGUUUGAACGUAGCGAUCAUUGCAAAAAAAUUCAAAUUAAAUGUUUCUGCUGAUUUAACUCUUGAUUUAAUAUAAAACCAAAUUGUUCCUAAAACAAAUCAUACAGUUAGGCGCGUGGGUACGCAUUAUGCGGAAUAUAUUUCUUUUUAUAAAAACUGAUAUUAACAUCUAAUAUUUUUCCUAUACAAUCCUUUUUAGCUCACCUGAGCUGAAAGCUCAAGUGAGCUAUUUUGAUCACGUUUUGUCUGUCGUCCGUCUGUAAACUUUUUUGAACUCCUUCUCUUAAACGCUCGGCCAAUUUCAACCAAAUUUGGCACAAAGCAUCCUUAUGGUAAGGCAAAUAUAAAUUGCAGAAUUGAAAGACCGAUCUUUAUUCAAUUGCAAAGCGGAGAAAACAUCGAAAAUGUAGUAAAUGGGGUGCAUUUUUAAAAAUCUUCUUCUCAGGAAGUACUGAGUCAAAUUCAAUGCAAUUUAAUAUAAAUAAUCCUUAUGGAAAGGAAAUAAUAAAUCUCAAAAAUUAAGAGCCAAUCUUUUCGAAUUUGAGUUAUUACGAAAAUAAUAAUUGGAAGGGGUGGGCAUCGAUCAGUUUAUAACUUCGGGUUCGGUAUUCCAUAUCUCAAAAACCUCUUUGAAGCGGCCAUUUUGAACAUAUGAUAAAUGGGUCAAUCUGACAAUGAUGAAUUUGGUUGUUGUGGAGAAUUUCGCGUGCGAAAGGAUUCUUUGAAACAUGCAAGAUACAUUAAUUCCGAUUUUGUGAAGUAAAUUGUGAUUAAAUAUUCCAAAGCGUUGACAUUUUCACAUUUGACCGUUGUUUUAGCUUGUUUUGAUUUUCGUUUCGUUUUCAUGAAUUACGGUUUGUAUCAAUCAAACAUAGACAUCGGUAACUAAGACAGCUGAAUGUUUACUUGCGGAAAAUAAGAUGCAUUAACGGGUACAGUACAUUAACAACUAAAAUACAAAUUCUAAUGGUAAUACAGUAUGAUCUUUGCGUAAUAGUUGAUUAAUGCAUAUGUUACAGGCUAGUUGUCAGUAUUUUCUCUAGUCUAUUCAGUCUAAACGGAGAUUACUUUCCCUGAUGGAAAUACAAAAUGUGUGUACAUGUAGCAGAGACAUAAAUAAUUGUUAAUUCACCUAGGGUGAAAUAUACAGAGAAAAAUCUUUAAAAAUAUUCUUCUAAAAAAUCAAUUGGUCAGAAAAACUGUAACUUGUGUGGAAGCAUCCUCAUAUACUGUGGAAUCAUUAAAUUUCGUGGGGGCCAAUUUUCGUGGAUGACUUAAAUUUUACAGGUUCGUGGGGACGUAAUUUCGUGUAUUCAUAUUUAUCUACAAAAGGGAAUAUGACUUUAUUACCCUAAUUCAUCAAUUCGUGAUGGAUGUUAUUUCGUGGAUGAGAGGUACCCACGAAUUCCACGAAAAAUGAGCCACCACGAAAUCUAAUGAUUUCACAGUAGUGUAAAUUCAAGUUUGCCCAAACCAUGAUCCCCGUAAUAACGGUGGGGCUACAAUGGGGGAUCAAUUUUUUAUAGAAAUAUAUGGAGAAAAAUCAUUAAAAAUCUGCUUCUCUAAAACCAGUGAGCCAGAAAAUUAAAGCUGUUACUUGUGUGAAAACAUCUUCAGGUAGUCUAGAUUCAAUUUUUUUUUAAAAAAAGGUAGGGUGGGGCUACAAUGGGGGGUCAAAAUUUUUAGAUAGGAAUGCAAAGUGAAAAAUCUUUUAAUAAACUUCUUCUUAAAAACCAAUUGGCCAGAAAAACUGUAACAUGUGUGGACGCAUCCUCGGGUAGUGUUGAUUCAUUCUAGUUUGUUCAAACCAUAUUUUCAGGGGGGAGGCUCCAAAAAAAUAACAGAAAGCGAUUCAAAAUUUUUGAAUCGGCUUUCUGUUAUUUUUAUUAUUAUUUAUUACUUG